UGCUCAUUUGAAGGUUCUCUUGCUGUGUUUCUUGUUUUUCCAAGGCAGUUUCUAAGCGCUGGCAAGCAUGUCCUUGUGGAAUACCCCAUGGCGCUGUCAUUGGCAGCUGCUCAGGAACUGUGGGACCUGGCUGAGAAGAAAGGAAAAGUCUUGCAUGAAGAGCACAUAGAACUCUUGAUGGAGGAAUUUGCAUUUCUGAAAAGAGAAGUCCUGGGGAAAGAACUGCUCAAAGGGUCCCUUCUCUUCACAGAUUCUGCUAUCCUGGGCCAAAGAAAUCAAGAGCAGAUGGCAGUAAAGAUGGAAACACAGUCCCGCAGUCCGCUAUCUUGGAUUGAGGAGAAAGGGCCUGGCUUCCAAAGAAACAGAUAUUUAAGCUUCCAUUUCAAAUCUGGAUCUCUGGAAAAUAUACCAAAUGUAGGUGUCAACAAGAACAUUUUCCUAAAAGAUCAAGAUCUGUUUGUGCAGAAGCUCUUGGGCCAGGUCUCUGAGAAGGAACUGGCUGCAGAAAGGAAGCGUGUCCUACACUGCCUGGCUCUGGCAGACGCCGUCCAGAGGUGCUGCCGUGCUGAGAAGUAGGAGAGGAAGCGGUGGGCACCACCAGCACCGGAUCACAGUGGGAUGUUCUCAGCUGCUUGCCUCCAUUCUUACCAUUAAACAUGUUGGAGAAAGAGGAUAUGUGUGCCAUUACAAGCUGUAGGAAUGAGAUUUGGGGAUGAACCCUGGGGUGGAGACAAGGAAAGUACUUACCAUGGUGGAGCUGAAUUGAUUGUGCCAUACUCCUCCUUCCAUUUUUUAUUCCACACCACCCUGGGAGGUGGAUGGUUGUUAUAUUACCUUUGGGAAAUUAAAAAGGAUUAAGUCUAUAAUGUUA